CGAAAGCUAUGUUGCUCGUUCUUUCUCAUUGCAAGCUGGCCCUGCUUCGCGCGACCAUCUGAAAAAAAAUUCAUCCAGGUGCAUCGACGUCGAUGACAUUGUCCAACGACCCAUUAACCAUCUCGUGUGAAACUUACUGAACGCUCGGGUGAAUAGAUUUUUGAAUUAGUGUAUUGGAAAUGACAGAACAAUUGAACCAAGCUACACAAGAGCUUUCCAUCAACAGCGAUAACGUUGCCGAGUUCAGUGAGAAGCAUCCAUUGAACUGUAGAUGGACCUUGUGGUACACCAAGCCGCAAGUUGAUGAGAAUGAAACCUGGAAUGACCUUUUGAAGCCGGUUAUCACUUUUUCAUCCGUUGAAGAGUUCUGGGGAAUCUUCAACUCUAUUCCACAACCAUCUGAAUUACCACACAAGUCCGACUACCACUUGUUCAGAGAGGAUAUCAGACCAGAGUGGGAAGACGUCAAGAAUGCACAAGGUGGAAAGUUCAAUAAGAGUUAUAACCACAAGCGUGAUGUCGACAUCAACAAGGUGUGGCUCAACAUCUGUCUCGCUUUGAUUGGUGAGGUGCUUCAGGACAACGAAGAUGAAGUCAACGGUGUUGUUUACAGCAAUAGAAAACACGUUUACAAGAUUGCCCUCUGGACAAAGUCCACUGACAAGAAGAACCUCUUUACCGUUGGUGAGAAGUUCAAAGAGGUGAUCGACACAGAUGACCUGAUCGAGUUCUACUCCCAUAGCGAUGCUUAUCAGAAGAACAUAAUGAAGCCAUUGAUGAUGAUCUAAUCAUAUGCACAUGACUGUAUAUAUCCAAGUAAUCAAUCAAACAUUCCAAUGUCAUCAAUACAAAAUGC